UUGACAUUUCUACCAAACAACAACAACAGGUUGCUGGUGUGUGUGUUUUUGCCGGCUGCAGAAAGGCUCGCCGCGGUCAUGUUUUUUGCCCUGUUCAACUUUUACUUUACCGUGGGCUUUUACGCGGUUGGUGUUUUCAUUGCGUCGUGCAUUUUUAAGCUGCUGUUCUAUGCUGCCUACCUGAACGAUCUACAUUCCACGCCGUUGGACAGUGUGUACGAUUACAUUAUCGUUGGGAGUGGGACGGCCGGCUCCUGGAUAGCGUCCCGCAUUCCCUCCAACAAUGUGCUCGUGCUGGAGGCAGGGCCCGAUCGGAACGCGCUCAUGGACGUUCCACUGUUUCUUCCGCUGCUGCAAGGAACGCAGUACGAUUGGCAGUAUGUGACGGAACCGCAAGCGGAGGCCUGCUGGGCUAUGAAGGAAAAUCGCAGCCGUUGGCCCAUGGGCAAAACGGUCGGCGGCACACACAUACUGAACAACAUGAUACACUUCAAAGCGGAGCGGAAGGAUUUCACCGGCUGGUUCGGAAAGGCGCAUGAUUUGGACCGGUUUAUGGAGUUUUUCGAGCGCGACCGAUGGUCCCACGUUGAGCGCGGAUAUUCUACCCAGCUAGGGCAUGCCAUUAUCGAUUCAGCGAUGCUGCUCGGUUUCGGCCGGGAUGAUUUUUUCCAACCGCUGCUAACGACCCGCAACGGUCGACGAUGGACGACAGCGCACGAGUACGAAUCGAGAGGACGAUUGGCACACGACCGGCUGACGAACAGUGUGGUAGAACGAAUCGUAUUGGAAAAAGGCGUCGCAAAACGUUUGCUCGUAUCAAGCGCGGGAAAGCUGAUUGAGUUGAGGGCUAGCAAGGGCAUAAUACUUGCCGCAGGGACGGUCGGAUCGGCUAAACUGCUGCUACAAAGUGGCAUCGGACCGCGGGAGGAACUGGAAACGGUGGGUGUGACACCCAUCAUCAAUCUGCCACAGGUGGGCAAGAAUUUGCAGGAUCACAUCGGCACCGGGUCGGAGUUGCUGUUGAUAGGCAAAUCGCUAAAGUUGCACCCGAUCGAUCUGGUGCAUCCUUCGAAUGUUUUGAAAUUCUUCUCCGGAAACCACCAUCAAUCGUCGCUGUCGUUUGGUGGCUGCGAAGCGGUUGGUUACGUAUCUUUAGGUAGCAAUUAUACGAGUGAUUUACAGUUUAUGGUCCUGCCGGCCGGUUUAACCUCCGACGGGGGCGUACAUCUGCGUAACAUAGUCAACCUGAAGGACGCCGUGUGGAAGGACUACUACGAGCCGCUCUCGAGGACGGGUCAGCAUGCCGUCACGGUUCUACCGAUACUGCUCCAUCCCAAAAGCGUUGGCCACAUCGGGCUCCGUAGUGCGAAUGGGCAGGAUGCUCCAAUUAUCAAUCCCAACUAUUUAACCUCGAAAGAAGAUGUCCGCGACCUGGUGAAAGGUAUUCGAAUAUUGCAACAACUCACCCAGCAACCACCGGCCAGGCAAUUGGGGCUAGAGUUCAAUCCAAAGCCUUUCCCCGGCUGCACGACGCAACCGUACGAUAGCGAUGCCUACUGGGAGUGUUACGUUCGAUCGGUAACGCACACGAUCUACCAUCCGGUGGGAACAUGCCGGAUGGGAGGCACCAGUGCCGACUCGGUAGUGUCCUCCUCCGACCUGCGUGUGCACGGUGUGCAGAAUCUGUUCGUGGCCGAUGCAUCCGUCCUGCCGUCGCUUCCCAGUGGGAAUCCCAAUUCCGUUGCGAUGGCCAUUGGCGAGUACUUUAUACGAUCAAACUUUUUGCCCACCGUAGCGAUGAAAUAAAAACACAAAAAAACAACAUUUUGCAUCUACAAUGACAUGCACAUUGAAA